GGGACAAGUGCUCUCCUCAGCACACUUGCUUGAGACCCCCCAACAUGAAGGUGUUUUUGGUUCUAACCGCUUUGCUGGCAGCAGCAACCGCCCUGCCCAUCGAGGAGCGCGUCAAUGGCGAGAAUGGCUGGUUCAUUCCCAAGAUUGAUGGCAGCUUCGAGUGGAUGGAGAUGCAGGAUGCCGAGGAGCUGAUGGCCAACGGAGCCAAGAUGGAGGGACGCAUCAGCACCAACGCGGUGAACUUCUACCUGUACACCAAGUCCAACCCCACCGAUGGCAAGGAGAUCAAGGCCAAGUCAGGAUCCGUGGACGACUCGCACUUCAACAGGGAUCACGGUACCCGUUUCGUGAUCCACGGCUGGACCCAGCGGUACACCGACGACAUGAACACCCGCAUCACCAGGGCCUGGUUGUCCAAGGGCGACUACAACGUGAUCGUCGUUGACUGGGCCCGCGCCCGUUCCGUGGACUACGCCUCCUCAGUCCUGGCUGUUCCCGGAGCCGGAGCCAAGGUUGGUGAGAUGAUCAAGUACCUGCACGAGCACCAUGGCCUGGACUACGACAGCCUGGAGGUGAUUGGCCACAGCCUGGGAGCCCAUGUUGCCGGCUACGCUGGCAAGACCGUUGGCGACAAGCGCGUCCACACCAUUGUGGGUCUGGACCCCGCCCUGCCCCUCUUCAGUUACAACAAGCCCAACAAGCGUCUGUCCUCCGACGAUGCCCACUACGUGGAGUCCAUCCAGACCAACGGCGGCAAGCUGGGCUUCCUGAAGCCCAUCGGCAAGGGAGCCUUCUACCCGAACGGAGGCAAGACCCAGCCCGGCUGCGGACUGGACGCCACCGGAUCCUGCGCCCACGGACGCUCCGUGCUCUACUACGCCGAGGCCGUCACCGAGGACAACUUCGGAACCAUCAAGUGCGGAGAUUACGAGGACGCCGUGGCCAAGAAGUGCGGUAGCACCUACAGCAGCGUCCGCAUGGGAGCCGUCACCAAUGCCUACAUGGUCGAUGGUGACUACUACGUCCCUGUGAACAGCGAGGCUCCCUUCGGCAAGAUCGAAUUCUGCGGAUAUAUCAAUAUGAGAGUGUUCAUAGCACUAGGGAUCUUGUUUGCAGCAGUAAGUGCUCUCCCCUUCGAGGAGCGCAUAAACGGAAAAAAUGGCUGGUUUGUGCCCCAAGAAGAUGGUACGGUUGAGUGGAUAAACAUAGGAGAUGCCGAGGCACUUCUAGAGAGAAGUAAUCCCAUUGAAAGUCGUUCCAAUGACGUGUCCUUCUACCUGUACACCAAACAUAACCCAACCCAGGGCAAGGAGAUCAGAGGCGAUGAUUCCUCAAUUAAAGACUCCCACUUUGAUAAGAACCACGCCACACGUUUUGUGAUCCAUGGAUGGAAGGGACGGUACACCGAUAGCAUGAAUGUCAAGAUCACAAAGGCCUGGCUCUCAAAGGGGUACUACAACGUGAUCGUUGUUAACUGGGAUCGCGCCCAAUCGGUGGACUAUGUGUCUUCAGUGCGAGCUGUUCCUGGAGCUGGCACCAAAGUGGGAGAGAUGAUCGAGUACCUGCACGAACAGCACGGAAUGUCCCUGGAGAGUCUGGAGGUCAUUGGACACAGUUUGGGUGCUCAUGUGGCUGGCUAUGCUGGAAAGCAUGUGGGAGACAAGAGGGUCCACACAAUAGUUGGUCUGGAUCCCGCCAUGCCUCUCUUUAGCUACGAUAAGCCCGACAAGCGUCUGUCCACCGAGGACGCCUUCUAUGUGGAGUCCAUCCAGACCAAUGGGGGAGAGAAGGGAUUCCUCAAGCCCAUUGGCAAGGGCACCUUCUACCCGAAUGGAGGAAGGAAACAGCCAGGAUGCGGCACCGACACUGGAGGAACCUGCUCCCACCAGCGCUCCGUGACCUACUAUGUGGAGGCUGUCACCGAGGACAACUUCGGAACCAUCAAGUGCAGGGACUACCAGGAUGCGUUGUCCAACGAGUGCGGAAGCACCUACUGUGGCGUUCGCAUGGGAGCUGUUGCCAACGCCUACAUGGUUGAGGGCGACUACUAUGUUCCAGUUAACAGUCACACUCCCUUCGGCAAAAUUGACUAGAGCCUUGUUAUAAAA